AUGGCAGCGCCACCACCACAAAUCAAUCAGCCCAUCUGCAACUUCACUGUUGCCCCGCCUGGCGUUGAAAUACCGAGAAGGGGUCGAUGUCUUGCAUGUCAGUCGAGGUCCGCUAGUUAUGUGAGGUGUCGCGGUCUCAGCGCCACCCAAGGGUGCGUGGACUGUGCUGACGCAGGAAUUCCAUGUAUCCGUGGAGACUUUGCUCUUCCCCCCAAUCCGGGCCGACGAACUGGUCCAAUUGUGUACCCGGCCUGGACUGCUUGCUCAAGAUGUGCCAAUUUCGACGAGUGCGACCGAGGCCAUCCUUGCCAGAGAUGUAUUGACAAGGGCCAAGCAGCCGCCUGCGAAAGGGAAGCUCUUUGGCGAGGCUUGCUUUACCGCCCUAUCCCAGGCGACAACAUGUACGGAUAUUGGAUAAUGCAGAAGCAGGGUAAAGGCCCGAAUGGCCAUGAGGACCGCGAUCUUACUGGAGAGUGGGCAUUUUGGAGGAUGCCAGACAAUUACCACAUCGAAUUCGCUCUCAUGAAGUACUGGGAGUACGGCUGGCUCGAUCAUUGGCAUGGCCCACGGGAGCUGACUUGGGGAACACCGGAGUUGCCCGCACAACUCGGGCCAAUCUAUAUUGGUCCGCCCGCGGGCUUUCCGACGCCGGCCCCGAUAACGUAUUUCCGCCCGAACUGCGCGCCGCUCCCAGCUGCCCUAUCAGCUCGGGGUGGAACGGAAAGGACUCCGAUGGAAGAGCUUGCUGUCCGGCUUGGCUGGCCUGUACCAGAUCGGUCUGAAAGGACACCUGCCGAUGAGAUCGCAGAUCGACUUUCUUGGAGCUUAGGAACUCAACCGCCUCAACCUCUGCCUACGACGCCGGCACCGCUAACCCGGUUCGGGGCAGUCAGAAGGGCCCCGUCUGUACCGCCACCAGCUGUGGGACCACGAGCUGGACAACCCGCAUGGGGGCCACUAGGCCCGGGGUUCGGAGCCUUUGAGGAAUGGCAGCCACCUAUAGACCCAGCAAUCCAAGGCUCUGGCCCCUCGGCAGCCAAGGACAAGGGCAAGAGGGUGAGGUUUGGGGAUGAGCAGGGCGAUGAAGAUGACCCUGAAGAUGGCAACGGCGGCAAGAGAACAAAGGUCAACGACAAAGAAGCAGAGGACCAGGCACCAAAGGCACCACCAAAGUGGCGACCAACGGGAGGUAAGGCCCCGAUUUGGGGAAACAAAGCUGGCAAGAAACCAUACUUUGGAGGUAAAGGACCAGUGUGGCCAGGCACGCUUAGCACGCCUCAGCCGCCCGUGGAACAAGUCGACACGCAAGACUACCAGACCGCUAUUGGGGACACAGGUUUUGUGUUUUUCCAAGACGACAUGGAGAUUGACGAUGUCGUAGGAGGAGCACAUUUUGGUGCCAGUAGCCCUCUCCCUGAAAAGUCGCCAAGUCCGCCUCGGGGGUCUAGAAUAGGAAGCCCUGAGCCACCGAGGAAUGAAGAUCCAUUCCGUGAUCCUUCUGCACCACUGGUGCCAAACCUGCGAGACUUCCUAGACCAGACUCUCAACCAGGCAGGCCCUUCCAGCGCUGUGAAAUCCCCACCACCGCAGGUCCUGGACGCUCAUGGAAACCUCUCACCGCUGUCACAACUCCUUCACGGCGGCUUGGAGGCACAAGGACAACCAACGCCUGCUGUUCAGAAUUCCGACAAGUUGCCUGUACCCCCCGUGAGACCGCCUCCAGCACCCCAAACCUUGCCUGGCUGGGCCCCUCAAACAGCUGAUGAACUCAUUGCCAGUAACGAAGCCAUGUUUGGACCGCACACGGCGUACGUCCGGAGAAGGUGGAGUUAUUACCCCUUACAAGCGCGAGUACAGACCCAUAGUGUAGCAAGCGCGGCCUGGAUUCAGUAUAUCAUGGAGCAACUGAACCCAAACGGCAUGCCCGUCGCGCGCGCAGAUCGCCCAGUCGCUCGCCCGCCCUCCCCGGGGCCAUACACGCCCAUAUUUGUGACUGAUCCCUCGGCUAUUCCCGCCGAUCACCCGUUCAAAGAGGACAUGGGAAGAGGGCCGAUGCCUAAUAUCCACAGACAACGUGCCUGGAAGGUAGGUGCCAUUGCAGAGCCUCCUGGCAGAGUGUGCAGCAGUUGUGAAAACUUCACUCAGGGUAUUUGCGAGUCUGAUGAGCAUCACCCUAGCCACCGAUGCUAUGUCUGCUCCGACUGCGACACAAGGGGCCGUGAAAACGUCAGAGCCCUCAUGCAGGAAUUCAAUUUUAUCAAUUCAAGCAAGAGAUACGCCUGCCGCGCAUGCACAGCCGGACUGCUACACAACCCCAGCUUUACCAAUGGUUCAGGUAUAGAUAUUUACGACGCCAGACUUUCUGAGGAUGCAUCUCCGGAUACCGUCGGCUAUGACCCUAGGUGCUAUACACAGGAUCACCACCCCAACGAGGGACUGGUGAUCCGCGGCGGCGUCCACCCACGACAUGUCUACACUGGUUGCCCCUGUGCUGAGAAGUUACUCUUCAGAAGGCUCUGCAACGGCCAUCGUUCCCAGGCUUUCUUUGACAGCUUGAACAGAUUGUACAAAAUGGCAGCAUACAAGUGGGGUCGGAUAGACGCUCAGGUAGAUAGCGACGUCUGCUUUGCUUGCAUGAAGAACCCUCCCCAGAUGCCCGGUGACAUGACCAACCAGGACGAGGCCGGUCGUGUAUGGGCAUGUCUAAUGUGCAGCGGUGUAUGUGUCGGCGACUGCCCUGCCAACCUCUCUGUCAUGUCUGAUGAGGUGCCUCUCCUGCCCUUUGGCGAUGCGCCCGAAGGCAAGAAGGUGAGAAUCUUGGCCCCACCAUCUCGUGAGGGCAGUAGUGAGGAGGAGGAGGAUGCCGGCAACCAGAACCGCGAGUAUAGCAGUGACAGCAAUAACGGCGAUAACACAAAGGGUGACGACGACAAUGAUGAUAGUGGAGAUGCCGAUAGUUCAGGGGAUGGAAACGGUGAUAAGGCCAACAAUGCCGAUAAUACGGAUGCAGACGGGGAUGAGCAGAUGGGAGGCACCAGCUACGAUGAACAAGAUGACCCACUCGGCAUCUACAACUGA